AUGGAGUAUUAUGAAUAUUAUCGUCGUUGGAUGUACGAUAGGACGUUUCCGGGAAGAACUGGACUAAAACCGCAAUUUGUCGAAGGAGUUGACGGAUUUAUUUCAUGGGCAUGGGAGCAAGAAAUCUGUAGAGAUGAGGGAGGAAUUAGAUGUCCGUGUCUAAAAUGUAGGUGCAGACAUAUAAUUACCGAUCCUGGAGAUGUGAAGAAACACCUAAAAAAAGUUGGUUUUAUGCCUAAUUAUUGGGUUUGGACAUAUAAUGGUGAAAUGUUUCAGAAUUUUGGGGUAGGGGUCAAUGCACAAGCUUCUACUAGCCAUGGUGGAACAAAUGUGGAAACAAAUGUGGAAUACAAUGAAGAUGUCAACACAGAACAACCCCCGAAUGAGAAGGCGCAAAGAUUUUACCGAUUGUUGAGUGAAAGUAAUACACCUUUGUAUGAAGGGUCUUCGUACUCUAAGCUAUCUAUGUGUGUGUGGCUUUUAUCUCAUAAGUCGAAUUAUCUUAAUCCUGAUGAUGGUAUGGAUGAUAUUACGAAGAUGUUGAAGGCUGUGACUUCGUUCAAAGAUAAUCUGCCAAUGAAUUAUCAUGCUGCGAAGAGGUUGGUGAUGAAGUUGGGAUUAUCAGUUAAAAGGAUUGAUUGUUGUAGAAAUGGAUGCAUGUUGUUUUAUGACAAUGAGUUUGGGAUAAAUGAUGGAGCAUUGGAGGAAUGUAAAUUUUGUCAAAGCCCGAGGUACGGUAUUAGCAAGCAGAAACGAGUUGCGGUUAAGUCAAUGUUUUACUUGCCAAUAAUACCAAGAUUACAAAGACUGUUUGCAUCGAUGAAAACUGCUAGUCAAAUGACGUGGCAUCAGUCAAAUGGAAUUCCCGGAGUGAUGCGACAUCCUUCUGACGGUGAAGCGUGGAAACACUUUGAUCGAGUACAUCCUGAUUUUGCAGCAGAUCCACGGAAUGUGAGACUUGGAUUAUGCUCUGACGGUUUUCAGCCAUAUGUCCAAUCCUCGGCAAAACCAUAUUCUUGUUGGCCAAUCAUUGUAACCCCGUAUAAUCUCCCUCCUGAAAUGUGCAUGACAAAACCAUACUUGUUUUUGAGUUGUAUUGUACCAGGACCAGAUAACCCUAAAGCAGGCAUAGACGUGUUUCUACAACCGUUAAUUGAUGAUUUGAAGAGGUUGUGGGCUGGAGAAUUGACAUAUGAUAUUUCUAGAAAACAAAAUUUCAAGUUGAGAGUAGCUUUGAUGUGGACCAUUAAUGAUUUUCCCGCUUAUGGCAUGUUGUCCGGUUGGAGUACUCAUGGUAGAUUUGCAUGUCCACAUUGUAUGGAAAAUACAAAGGCAUUUACUUUGGAAAGUGGAGGGAAGAGUUCGUGGUUUGACUGGUAUCGUCCAUUCUUGCCUCAUAAUCACCCGUUGAGAAGACUUAAGAAUGGUUUCAAGAAGGAUGAGAGAGUUUUUGUUGGUCCUCCACCUAAGAUUACAUCAGAAGAAGUGUGGACAAGAGUUUGUGAUUAUCCAAAAGUCACUGAUUAUGGUCGAGCUGUCCCAAUACCAAGAUACGGAGUGGACCACCACUGA